AUGUGUGACGUAAUGGUAGACAGCUGAAGCACGGGCUUUUCGCUGCCGUGCGAACCAGAUCGCCAAACUAGCUGACUCUACGAUGAAUGACAGGCCGGAUCCACAUUACACACACUCGUUGUUCUUGCUUCUACACACUAAUUGUAAUCUCAUUGUAGCAUUAAUCUUAUUUGUAUAGUUUGUCGCUACCUGUGCAGCGUGCCGCGCCUGCCUAACCACGACCUCAUGUAUCUACGAUAGCAACGGCGUUCGCCUCUUACUUUCCUUGAUUCUUACGCCACGCUCUGCAGCAUGGCGGACCAAACGAUAAGCCUCGUCGACCACACGUCCAACGGCGACAACACGCCUACUACGGCUGCACAACCUGAACAGCCAUCGACCUCAUCAGACUCGCACAUCGAUAUCCUUUAUGAGAACCAGCGCGGUUGGUUCAUAUUCGGCAUACCGCUAUUCUCGAACAAGGCGCUGUGGAACCUACGAAUCGACCCUGCGCCCUGGCAGAAUGCCAAGUUCAGGCCAUCCGCCGUCAAUAUCACAAAUGCACAAGUUCCAGAUCCAAGUUGGGUAUGGGACUGGAACAGCUGGUAUGUCGACAUGAGUCUGGAUGUCGAUGAAGAGGGUUGGCAGUACAGUCUGCUGUUCAAAGGCUCAGCCUGGCACGGCAACCACCCUUGGUUCCACAGCUUCGUUCGGCGGCGACGCUGGCUACGGAGACGGGUGAAGCAGAGGCUACCACCCAAGACCAAGGAGAACGCAAAGGAGCGCAUGUUUGGCGAAACCUUCAGCAUCGGCACUACAUUGGUCAGGUCGACGACCUUUGGUACCAACAGCGGCUUGCUAGACAGUGCCCAGACAAGUCUGGACGAGGAAAUCAGGGAUAUUGCCACACUCAUGAGGAAAUUGAAGAAAGCUGCUAUCGACCGAGAGAAGAUAAUCUACAUACACAAAUUCAUCGACGAUGGGGGCGAGGAACUGCACUACCUUGCAGGACAGAUACCGUCCAUCAUGUCGAUGCUUAUCUUCCAGAAUUCCCGUCGCCAACUCCUCUCCACACUUAUGGACCGCUUCGAAGCCGCCAAAGACCACCGUGAACAACACAAGAAAGACUCGAAGCCGGAAGGGGAAGCCGAAGAACGCAGGAUCAAUAACCUACUCAAGGCCAUCGAGGCAGCUGAUAACGAGUGCAAGAAGCUCGAGUACUGGAGCGACAUCAAGAAUCUUACCGAGGAAGGCAAAGCGGGUAAUGCGACAGAUCCCAGUAUGGGAUGGGAUGAGGAGAAGUGGCAGGGUCUUGAUGCUAGCGGCGCCAAGCAUCCCGAGACUUGAAAUUUGAAAUGUCACGAAGGUUUGGAUGCAUGCAUAUAUUGGAGUUUAUCGGAGUUUAUUGGAGUCUGUUGGGGACGCGGUUCUCUCAAGGUUAGCAUA